CGUAUAGUGUAACACAACGAACACACCUGAGUGAAAUGUGAAUUUCAAGGAAAUGUCAUCGCCUUUCAGAAUAAUCACAAUCACAGUUAUUUGAAAACAGAAAUGUGUCACAGAAAAUAUGCAAACAGAUUACAAAGUUUUGUUUUAUUAUUUUCUUUGUAAAUAGUAAAAAUUCUAUUUUAUUGAUUGAAACGAACCGUUCGUGGCUGUUACAUAUUAUUUAUUCAUUCGACGGUGCUUAACAAUUUCUAUGACAUUCCUUCGCCAUUAAGCAGUGCUAAAUAAUUUUUCUAGCAAUUUUAUUUAGAUCCUAAGUUACUUUAUUACAAUGUGGAUGCCUACUCAUGUACAAGUCACUGUUCAAAGAGCAGAAAAACUACUCUUGAAAGGAAAAAAUCAUACAAAUGACUGCUUCGUUACUAUUGAACUAGGAAAAACCAAAUAUCAAACAUCAGUUAAAGAAAAAUCUGGACCUCAAGUUGAAUGGCAUGAAGAAUGUGAACUUGCAAUACCAGAUCACGGUAAUACAGCAGAAAUAAUUUUAACAGUUCUCCAUCGUAAUUAUAUUGGAAUAGACGAAUUCUUGGGCCGAGUAACAAUCCCUUUAAAUACUUUAGAUAUAUAUGAGAGACCUAAGAAUAAAUGGUUCACCUUACAAAGCAAACCAGCAAAAAAUGGAAAAGCAAAAAACAAAGAGAGAGGCCAACUUGAGGUUAAACUUGACUUCACUGUCAAAUCCGGCAGUUUGACCAGUCUGAACAAAAAGGAAAAACACAGAUCAUCUAUUGGACAACUGUCCCAUGUGGCUCAAUCUGUUGGCGGUAGUCUGAUGAGUUUAGGCAGUGCUGAAAAGAGAAAAGGCAUAAAAAAAUUCGCCAAAUCAAUUGGAACAAAAAUGAACUUCAAGGGUAAAAAGAAAGGUGGCAGCGAUGAUGGAUCUUCCAUUGGUAGUGUGGGCAGUUUAACUAUUAGGAGUGGAGACGGAGAUAGGUUCAAGAGCAAGCAAUCUUUUGAAGAUGCCGACCCUGGCGUUGUCAGUGAUGAUGAUGACUUUACACUUGAUGAUCUGUCACACAAGAGUUCGGCAAGCUCUUUGAAUCAAACCGUUUCAAAUAGAACUGCAUCUCCAAUUUUGAAAACCGGGUCAAUUGAAAAUGUAGUUCCACCUGAAAUCCAUCGCAAAACAUCAGUAAAUCUUCCACCCUUAAAACCACCAAGAAUAGAACCAAAGUCUCAGGCUCAUGAUGAAUGGGAAUCAAAACUUAGUGGAAAUAAACCAAGAGCUAUUCUACGACCAGGUAGCACCGAGUCAUUAAACCGUAGAUCAUGGGAUUCUUCAAAACUGGCUUCACAAAUCGAAGAGGAACCCACCGAUUUAUUGGAAGUACCUGUAAGCAAGUUAGACACGAUCAGUUUGAAAUCGAACAGAUCUCCGGAUACUCCAAGGAAAGAGCUUAAAGAAGGAAUGUUUUCAAAAUUUAAGAAUUUCAGGAAAGAUAAAUCUGAAUUUAACCCAGAGCACGUUAAACCUACCAGUAACUCAAGUGAACGAAUCAUUAUAGGAGGAGAAACUGAAUUGAAAGUGCCUGCCCACAAUAGUCGUAUAUCUAGUGAAUUACUUCAGAAAUUCGAUGGAAAGUCGAGAGAGGAUUUGAUAAUGGCUUUAGUUGAAACUCAACAUGAUCUAGAAAAGCAAAAAAAGAAAUUGAAAGAUCUUGAAGAUUAUUUGGAUGACCUGUUACUGCGUGUUAUGGAAACCACUCCACGAAUUCUACAAAAUCCCUAUGUUACUUGCAAAAUAGCAGCACACAAACAAAUAACAUCACGAAUAAAUUUCAAAAAUAUUUACGAAUGAGGAUCUGCCUUGUGGGAAGUGCCUCAAAAAAAACAAAGUUGAAGUUAGAUCCAGCAGUAAAAUUAUUGUGCCAGUACCUAUUCGAGAAUUAAUUAUUCAACGUAACAUAGCUUGGAAAAAACAUCACUUCCUAGAGAUAACUUCCAUUUUAUUGCACAUCACUAACCCCAAUUUUGGUAAUGGUAUUCAAUCUACUCUUCAAAUUUAUAUUGUAAUAUUGUUACUAUGAAGGAAAUACAAUAAUUAUUAAUCAUAUACAUUGUACUUGUUUCGCUUUUUACAGAGCUUCCCUUUCAUACAAAUCACAUCACCCUAAUUUCGUUUUAAUCGAGUCACUCAUUGGGGUAGUUCUGUGAGAAGCGAAAUAUGCAUGUUUUAUUUUUUAAACUUGUUAAGCCUUUAACUUAAAUAAGUGCCUUUACAGAAAAUGUUCAAUAUUUAAAAGACCUACUAGUGAUUUUGUAUGAUAAUUUCUCACAUUUUGUGAUACUGCUUUGAUAACAGGAAUUAUAAAAUGUUUGAGAUAAUUUAAAGGCCUUUGUUACUAGAGUUAAUUGAAAUAAUGUUUUCGUUAAAUAUUUAUUGAGUUAUGUGUAAAAGAGUUUAGUUUUAAUGACAUUUAAUUUUAAUCCAGUGGCGUAAAACAAUGUUAUCAGAUAGGCGUUCUCGAGCCAUGUUUUUUUUAUAAUCUAAAAUAGUUUGUUCUCACUCGUUACUGAUUUAUUAGGGCUGUUCUGAAAGAUUUUAGCUAGAACCUAACUAUGAACAUUUUAAAGAUUUCGCUGAUACCAAGGCAGCAAAAAAGAAUUGUUACCUGCAAGAUAUGGACUAAUAUUUGAUUUUACAAAAGAAUAUUGGUAUUAGUAAAGGAUAAAAACAUUUUUUUGUACUAAAAUGUUAUAGAACAGUCUUCGAAUUUUAUCACUUGCAUUUUUUUCUCUUAUAUGAGAGAAUCACCUGUAAAACGUUGCCCCUGCUAAGGUUAAGAGGUUGUAUCUACAAAACGAAAACUUUAGACUUUGUAAAGUGAUAAGUUUUGCAGUUGUGACCAACCUUUAUACGUAAGUUUCAAUAUUUUUCAAUGCAGAUAGGUCUUUCUAACUUUUUAUCGUAAUAAAAUAAAUUGUAAAAAUCUCAAAAUUAGAACUUUUGUAAAUGCGAUCUCUCGUCUUAGCAGAGCAGAACAGUAACAUCGAAUGUGAUAAUUUAAAAUUAUUGAAAGAUUACCUAGAAAUGUCUAUCAAUCUGUCCAAAUGUAAUAAUUGCCUUUAGCCCGUUUUUACAUUCAUUUUUCAGAUUGUCUUAUGAAGUAAAUCUAAAAAGCUUAUUUCAUAUCAAAAUUAAAUAAUAUUUUAUAUCUGUAUUCAUAUUGAGCUAUUAAAAUUAAAACAAGCUAAAAAAUGAUAGAUUGACAGCAUUUUAAACUACCUAAUAAUUUAUGAUAUAAGUAUAGAUAAGCAUUUUAAAGACUUUUCUGAGCUACUGAUAUGUGUGCUUCCAAUAUUCACCAUUCGCUCAUGCGGAUAUGACAAAUAUUUUUUUUGAACUGACUGUAUUUUGUUUGGUUGUGAUUGAAAACGUCCAAUCUCCACCUAUAUCUUUCAAUGGGUAGGCGGUGUAAGAGUAAUUUUAGGUUAUGACUUUUGUAUAGAAGCAAAGUGUAUGGUGAAUAGAUAUUACAAAGGAUGCUUUGUAUUAACUUGAUUUGUAACAUUAAUUCAAGUUCAGAAAUAUAUAAAUCGGCUUAAAUGACCAUGGCAAUACAUUUUACGUAAAAAUCCUUUAGCCCUUUCACUGUUCAAAAUGACUAUAUUCGAUAGAGCUAUGGGCACCGUUUAAAAAAUUUUCAGGGGGGCAAGUCUUGUAGACAGGAUCAAAACGCCGCAAGCUAUAGUCUAAAGCCAUGGCGAAAAAUCACCAAUCCAGGGGGUCAACGCCCCACUUGCCCUUGAGCAGCGAAAAGGUUGAUAGGCAAUAGCCAGAAUAAAUAGGAUUGCCAUAGACAAGAUUUACCUCUUUUCUUAAGAAAAUUGCUCAGAAAACGUUCUUAUGAUGUGUAUAACCUCUAUACAGUACACGGAUAUUGUUUCUUGAUAUAUUCACGAAUCCUUUUUUAUGAAAUGUAGUUUGGUAAAGUGCAUUAUACUGACUAAUUAUAUAAUUUUUAAACGAAUUUGAAUAAAUCUUGUUUUCUAAUAA